UGAAUCUGAAAGAGCGAAGCCUGGUAGAGCACAGAAACCACUGAGUGUGCAGUUAGCAAACCUACAUUCACCUUAGCUGCUGCUGGCUAGCUGUGGUAUCCUGGUACCGCACACAGAACCUCUCGGCCUCACACAGUGACCAGUCUGGUGCCUCACACCUGCAGCCAUGAACUACGCCCUCACGCUGGACAUGGACCUCGUGAACCUGGAGGACUUGUACAGGGACUUGGCCAGCUACAAUGACAACAGCACUGAGAGCCCCCAGGAAAGUGACUUCUGCUCCACCGUUGAGGGCCCGCUGCUGACCUCCUUCAAGGCCCUGUUCCUGCCCAUAGCCUACAGCUUUAUCUUUCUCCUGGGUCUCCUGGGCAACAUUCUGGUGCUGGUGAUCUUGGAGCGGCACCGGCAGACGCGAAGCUCCACCGAGACCUUCCUGUUCCACCUGGCAGUGGCUGACCUCCUGCUGGUCUUCGUCCUGCCCUUCGCUGUGGCGGAGAGCUCUGUGGGCUGGAUCUUGGGGACUUACCUCUGCAAGACUGUGAUUGGCUUGCACAAGCUCAACUACUACUGCAGCAGUCUGCUGCUGGCCUGCAUCGCCGUGGACCGCUACCUGGCCAUCGUCCACGCCGUCCACGCCUACCGCCACCGCCGCCGCCUCCUCUCCAUCCACGUCACCUGCACCACCAUCUGGCUGGUGGGCUUGCUCUUGGCGCUGCCGGAGAUCCUCUUUGCCAAGGUCAGCCAACCUCAUCACAACGAGUCCCUGCCGCGCUGUACCUUCUCCCAAGAGAACCACGCUGAGAGCAGAGCCUGGUUCGUCUCUCGCUUCCUCUACCAUGUCGGGGGCUUCCUGCUGCCCAUGCUGGUGAUGGGCUGGUGCUACGCGGGGGUGGUUCACAGGCUGUGCCAGGCCCAGAGGCGCCCUCAGAGGCAGAAGGCCGUCAGGGUGGCCAUCUUGGUCACCAGCAUCUUCUUUCUCUGCUGGUCACCUUACCACGUCGUCAUCUUCCUGGACACCCUGGCCAGACUGAAUGCUGUGGGCAACAGCUGCGAGCUGAAUGGCUACCUCCCCGUGGCCAUCACCAUGUGUGAGUUUCUGGGCCUGGCCCACUGCUGCCUCAACCCCAUGCUCUACACCUUCGCCGGGGUGAAGUUCCGCAGUGAUCUCUCUCGGCUUCUGACCAAGCUGGGCUGUGCGGGCCCGGCCUUCCUGUGCCAGCACUUCCCAAGCUGGCGCAAGAGCAGCCUCUCCGAGUCCGAGAACGCCACCUCCCUCACCACCUUCUAGGU